GCUUGAUAAAGAGACAGGUGGACCCGCCGAACUCGCGCGCCAUUGCAUCAGUCUGGCCGCUGCUUCUUCCAGGCCGGGCGGGGCGCCGUUGGCCAGACAGGUUUGGCCAGAUGGAUGCUGCCAGAAGAUUCCGCUGCCCGCCAAAGGUGGCCAAGUUGCAGCCGGUCAGAUUGGCGCUGCGGGGUGGCGGCCAACGGCCCCGGUUCGGAGGCUGACCGCUGUGCAUCGACUCCUCAUGCAGCAGACGUGCCAACCGCAUAUGAUGCUGCAGGAGCGCUCCCGGCCGAAUUCCACAUGAAUGUCCAUGGGUGUCUUCAUGCGCCGGCGCUGUCGGUGGGGCUUGGCCUGGCCCGGCUGGGCGCCGCGCUCCCUGGCUGUCGACUUUGCCAGCGAUCGCACUCUGGCAUCCAGAGCGCCCUCCGACCCCCAUCAACUCCGGCCCUCCCAGCGGCCAGAGCCAGCAAUGUCCGAUCUUGCGCUGGAGCUGCUUACUUCGGAGAACCAGCGACUCAGAGGCGAAUUGGAACAGUCGAGCGUUCUUCUGAAACAGUCGCACGCAGCCAAGAACCAGCUCCUGGAGACUAUAACCCUGCAGCAAUCCACCCUCGAGGAUGUGCUGAAGCAACUCGAGACCUUCCGCCUCACAAAACACCAGAGCCACGAGCGCCUCGUGCAGGACAAGCAGAGACUGGCCGAACAGAACGAGCAGCUUCGGAGCCAGGUUGCCUAUCACGAAGAAAAGGACCGCCAGCGAUCCGCCGAGAGCUCAAAUCGACAGAGCCCCUCCAAAGACCUCAAAGCCGCACUGAAGGAGAAGCAGGAUCGGAUCCGGGACCUUAAGAAACAGUCCGCCAGUGUCUCGAGAAGGUCCAGCUGUUCCAUCGACUUCAAAAUGAACACUCUGCUCUCCAGACCGAGCAUCAGAAGCUGAAGUCCGAGGACGAAAAGCUCAGGCGAGAG